GAAUUCAAAUGCUGCCUGGCUUCCUGCAACUUCUGCAACUGGAACAGCUACAGAAUCUGUACAUUUCCCCAUAAAUAUUUUCUAAAUAAUUUUCAAACCUCACACUGUUUCACUUCACACUAAUCAUUCAAGAUUAAUCUCCAGUAAAGUAAUGAGUUUUCUCUCUCUCUCUCUCUCUCUCUCUCUCUCAUUCUUGGAGUUCAGCUUUCAGAUUCAAACACUAAUAAAUGCCAUAUUUAAGCACCCAGCUGAUGUUUUGAGCCAAAUCCCUGGAAAACUUUGAUACUUAGAUCUCAGAAGAGGCGGGGGGGCUAAAAACAGUGUCUUUUUCUUCUGGGUUUUCUUCUUUCUCAGUAAGAGUAAGAAAUAUUUGCUUUUUCUUUGUGGUGUUGUUCCAUUGUGGGAUUGAGGUUUUGGUAGUUUCUUUGAAUCUUCUGUUCUAGUCUUUGGAUGAUGAAGCCAUUUUCAGGUUUAAAGCUAACUUUUCUUAAUCUUGGGGCAGUUGGUCAGUUGGCUGGUUUGAUUUCGUGCUUUGUUAAACCCCUUGAUUGAUUGAAUGAUUAUGAGUUUUUAAUUGGUUUGAAUGCUAAAAGGGUAACUUCUUUAGCUAGUUUGAAUCUCUUCACCCUAUUUUGAGCACAAAUCUUAGUUGUUAAUAUUUGUUUAAUCAACCUUUUGAUGCCCUUGUUUAUUUCUUUAAUCUUAGCUGUUUGUAGCCACUACCCAUAGUUUAAGGCACUUGACCCGUAAUGUUGUUUCUUCUUAGGGCUUGCUAUGGAUUGUGUAAACCCAUUUUUAUAAUGACUUCCCUUUCUCCUAUUCACUUUCUUCGAUUAUACUGUUUGUGAAAGCUAAAUAUUUCUUUAAACAUCAUUAUUAGAUCUGACUCAGCUUAGGGUUUUGAUCUUUCAAAAGAAUGGAGUGUGCCACUACUAAACCCUCUAAACCCUCUUCAAACAUAUCAGAAAUGGUCUCUAAAUUUGCCAAAGUUUGCAAACUUAGAUCCAUUGGUGUGUUUUCCAAUGAAAACCCAAAUCAGAACCACCACCACCACCACCAUUAUCACCAGAGCCUCAAUGACAAUAAUGUUCAAUCAGUUGGAGAAGAUGGCAGUGAUGCCACUAAGGAAACAGGGUUUGCUGAUGAGAAAAUCCAUCCACAGCUUGCUGUAGUUCCUAUCAAAUCCAAUGUGUAUGGUGGAGAUUUCAUUCUUCAGUUAUUUGAAUCAGUUUCUGCCCUGAAAUUAGCUUAUAUUGAGCUUCAGGAAGCUCAUGUUCCUUAUGACCCAGAUAAGAUUGUAGCUGCUGAUGAACAUGUUGUGGCUCAACUUGAAGCACUCUGUAAGAUCAAGCGGAGUUAUAAAGAGAAGCAAUUAAUAAAAGCAAAGCGUGAUUCCUCUUAUGUUGACUGUGUGCAAGCAGAGAUUAAAGUGAAUGAGAAGCUGUUAGAGAAACUAAAGACCGAAAAAAGAGCUAAAGAUGCUGAGAUAGAUCAGUUGCGGCAACAACUCCAUGAUUUGGAUGUGGGGAAUGCCGUAUUGGCAGAGAAGGUCAGGCAGAAAAGUUUGGAGAGAAAAAAUGUGAGGGUUUUAAAUAUUGCCAUGUUUCAAGAUGCCUUUGUAUCAGCUUCGAAGUGUGUUCAUGAUUUUGCAAAGCCAGUAAUUAGCUUGAUGAAAGCUUCAGGUUGGGAUUUAGACCUGGCAGCCAAUUCAGUUGAAACUGGGGUUGUUUACUCCAAAAGGUCACAUAAGAAGUAUGCAUUUGAGGCCUACAUUGCUCGAAGAAUGUUUCACGGGAUGUCACUUAAAUCCUAUAGCGUUGAUGAUGUUUUGAGGUUUGAUGAUCCCAUUGAUUCUUUGAUAGAAAAUCCUAAUUCAGGGUUUGCCAAGUUCUGCAGAAAGAAAUACUUGUUUGUUGUUCAUCCAGUAAUGGAGAUGUCCUUCUUUGGUAAUUUGGACCAUAGGAUGUUCAUAUUGAGUGGCAAGCAUCCAAGGACACCAUUCUAUCAAAUAUUUGCAAGAAUGGCAAAGUGGGUUUGGUUUCUACAAGGGACUGCAACCUCAGUUGAUCCUAAAGCCAAAAUAUUUGCUGUGAGCAGGGGAUGCAAAUUCUCAGAUGUCUAUAUGGAAUCUGUAGAAGAGGAAGAUACAUUCAUCCCUGAUGGACGACAAUCUGAUAUCAAAGUUGAGUUUAUGGUCAUGCCUGGGUUCAGAAUUGGAGACACAUUGGUGAAAUCUCGGGUUUAUCUUCAGAAGUGAAACCAUUUUGCUAUGCGCGAAUGAUGCAAGUGCUCUAAUGACCAUUAAACUUGCAAUACUAAUUAUCUAUUGUUUUGAAGAUGCCAAUUCCUAGAUAAGUUAGUUUGGAGCUAGUAUUUUGGUUUUUUAGACUAUAGCUAGUACAAUGUGAUAGACAGUAGGAUUAAGAAACUAGAAGCUCAAAGCUUGUACUUCUUACCUGUUGUUUCUUUUACAUCUAUAAUUGUCAGAAGCUGCAAAAGAAAUUUUGUUGCAUGCUUCUUCAAUUGUAAAUAGAUAUCUACUCGUGUCAUGCCAUUAUAUUAGUUUUUUUUUUUCA